AUGAGAACUAAUCCCACGAACACCGGGCUUCUGUCUACAUUCGAGUCAUACCAGUCAUUCUUCCCACUGGACCAUUUCACUGAUGGAAUGACUCACAUGGCAGAGAUCCUCAACGCAGUGCAGGCUCUGACAGGCAAGCCAAUUGGUGAAGUUUCCAUGAAGGAGCUAAUCGAUUGCUAUGUGAUGCACAAUGCUUCUAGCAACAUCAAAGGCAAACUCGUUCAACUGACCUUUGAGACAACACCCUAUGAGCCUUGUACCAAGCCGAUGUCUUUGUUAGCCAAGAUUACUAUCAGCAAGCUUUGUUACAACACUCGCCAUGAAGGGAAGUACAUUUUCUUGAGACUGAUAACCAGCCUUGAAAAAACGGGGACUGUUUUUGCCAUCGCUGAGGACGAGCAUCAACGAGCGAUUCCGGUACAGCUGUUCAACCAAACCUCUCUUCCAGGUAAUGAAGGACUGGAGAUCUAUUCGGCCUUUGUCGUCAAGGAGCCCCUGGUGGAACUCGUCGGGUGGGGAGAAGUUGGUAUUCGAGUUGACCAUGCUUCCGAUCUGAAGUGCAUUUCCAGAUACAACGAGGAUCUGCCAGUCAUGUGGAAAAAGUCGACCAACGACAACCGAACGGUGGACCAGUGGAAGGGCGUAGCAAGCGAGCUAUACAAAAGUGGUCUCUAUGCCCAAGCAGUUGAAUGUUACUCAAAGGCUCUGGAGUACCCAUUAACCCCGGAAAGCAUUCAAACAAUGAAAUACCACCGGGCACAAGCUCUGUACAAGCUUGGAAAGUUUGAGAAGGCCGAAAUGGACCUAGCAAACCUCGCCCCUGACAUGAAAUCCUACGACGCAGCACUCUACCGCAAAGCCCGAACCCUUUACGACCUUCGCCGAUACAGGGACAGUAGUCAGGCUCUCACCAUUCUCUGCAAGAAAUUCCCGAAGAAUCUCCAGGCAAGUCGGAUGUUGUCGGAGUCCAUUAAGCGCUGCCUCGAAGAGAAAAGAGGCAUGUAUUCGUUUAGAGAGAUACAAAACAAGGCUUUAGCCAGAAAAAUCGUCCGACUGGAAUACGCCACAUACAUUGGUCCGAUUGAGGUGAGGCCUGCGAGUGUCACGGGCAGAGGGCUUUUCAGCACUCACGACAUCAAGGCAGGUGAUCUACUUCUUUGUGAGAAGGCCAUGGCAUACUUCUCUGAGCAGGAUGCGAGCAAUAGAAUGAUUUGUCGUGGAUAUCGCGUGGGGAUGGAUAGAGCAACAGCCAUGCCACUGGCAAGAGUUGAACUAGUUAACGAGAUGGUACGAGAGCUUUGCUUGAAGCCAUCGUGGAUGGGGAACUUUAUGAAUAUGUACCAUGAUACUUACAAGAGCACGCUCCCCUCGUUCCGCACUGAUGAUGGCGAAGCUCUUGUCGAUUCGUUUCUUGUUCACAAGGUCAUGCUGCACAAUAUGUUGCACUCGGACACUUCCACACGUGAUUCCUAUAUGCGUCGCAGUGCGCCCGGCCAGGGUCUGUUUGAAGAAGAAAGAAGUGACUUCGAAGUAGCUCAGGAACCCCCUUGCGGAGUUUGGCGGAUGGCAUCCUUUGCCAAUCACUCCUGUUUACACAACGCGCAGCAUAGCUUCAUUGGAGAUCUACUCAUCAUGCGGGCGACAAAGGAUAUCCCCGCUGGAACAGAAAUUCUCAUUCGGUAUCGCGAGCGUGCUACUGAUUUUCUUAAGGCCUCUACGUGGAACCCAUUUGAAGAUCGUGGCUUUUCUUGCACUUGCGACCUCUGCUCAAGCAUUGAUUCCACUGAUGAACGAGUUCUCAGACUGAGAGAGGCGGUCCUCGUUGAUUUGCGGUCGUUCAUUGAAAUUGUGUUUGUUGAAAGGCAAGGCAAGGUCGAAGUUCGUGAUCUCAUGCUCAAACUGAGCACCCUCCUUGCGACCUACAAGGACUCUGAUCCUUCUCUCCCACGCCUGUCUGUCUUUGAGAUCAAAUAUGCUAUCACUCAGAUUUUCGAUGAGGGUGGUUUGCCCUACAAUGCCGCCGGUCUGGCAUUGGAAUGCUUCACGAGUUUCGGCUAUAUCAUUACUGGAGCAAUUUCGACUGAGAAUCAACUAGACUCUGGCCCACUCCUCAUCAGAAGAUGGGGCAUGCUAGACUAUCGCCUUGUCAAGUGCUGGUUGAUUCUCGCACGAUGCUAUCGUCUCAAGGCUCCUCAUCUUGAACGCGCUGCCAGGGAAUAUGCGAUGUUGUUCUACAAGAUGAUCGUGGGUGAGGAACAGACCUUCCGCUCAACAUGCAGAAAGAUGCGUCUUUGA